AUGUGGCUCCGGGGAAACUGUGUGGGAGAUAUUAACGGAAACACGUUGUCUGGCAUGGAAGAUACUUCUAUCAGCUAUGUGAGGGAUUUAAAUGAAGUUCUCGUAGUAUUGAUGGAUCGAAUGGGAGAUGCCAAAGACCAGGUUCGAGAACAGGCACAGAAUCUUAUUUUGAAGUUAAUGGACCAAGUAGCUCCACCAAUGUUCUUUUGGGAUCGACUUGCUGCUGGCUUUAAACACAAGAAUUAUCGUUCACGAGAAGGCGUGUGUCUGUGUCUUGUUGCAACAUUAAAUGCCUAUGGUGCACACUCACUAAUUCUCAGCAAACUGGUGCCACACUUAUGUCUUUUGUCUGGAGACUCGAGUAACCAGGUGAGAGACGCUGCAAUUUUGGCACUUAUGGAGAUUUACAAACAUGUAGGAGAAAAAGUAAGAAUAGAUCUUAACAAGAGAGGAAUUCCUGCUGGAAGAUUGCAAACAAUAUUUAUGAAAUUUGAUGAAAUAAAAAAUAGUGACAGUAUGAUUUCAAGCAGUAUCAAUGAUAAAAGCUUUGAUGAUGAAGAAUCAGUGGAUGGAAAUAGGCCAUCUGCAACUGCUUCAGGUUUCAAGGUCCCUGCACCUAAAAAACCUGGAAAUCCUUCAAAUACUACAAGAAAGCCAGGAUCUGCUGGUGGGCCCAAAGUUGUAGGCACUACCAAGGAAGGAGGAGCUGGUGCUGUUGAUGAAGAUGAUUUCAUAAAGGCAUUUACAGAUGUUCCUACUGUACAGAUAUAUUCUAGUCGUGAACUUGAAGAAACACUAAAUAAAAUCAGGGAAAUCUUGUCAGAUGAUAAACAUGAUUGGGAUCAGCGCACUAAUGCGCUUAAGAAGGUCAGGUCAUUACUUGUUGCUGGAGCUGCGCAAUAUGAUGGCUUUUUCCAGCAUUUACGACUGUUGGAUGGAGCAUUUAAAUUAUCUGCUAAAGAUCUCAGAUCACAGGUGGUUAGAGAAGCAUGCAUCACAGUAGCCCAUCUUUCAACAGUUCUGGGAAACAAGUUUGACCAUGGAGCAGAAGCCAUUGUGCCUACUCUAUUUAACCUGGUCCCUAAUAGCGCCAAAGUAAUGGCAACUUCUGGAUGUGCAGCUAUUAGAUUUAUUAUCCGUCAUACACAUGUGCCAAGACUCAUACCUUUAAUAACCAGCAACUGUACCUCAAAAUCUGUGGCAGUAAGGAGGCGCUCUUUUGAAUUUCUAGACCUAUUGUUGCAAGAAUGGCAAACCCAUUCUUUGGAAAGGCAUGCAGCUGUUCUGGUUGAAACUAUCAAGAAGGGCAUUCAUGAUGCUGAUGCUGAGGCAAGAGUGGAGGCACGAAAGACUUAUCUAGGCCUAAGAAAUCAUUUUCCUGGUGAGGCAGAAGUUCUGUAUAAUAGUCUUGAACCAUCCUAUCAAAGAAGUCUCCAGACUUACUUAAAGAAUUCUGGUAGCAUUGCAUCACUUCCACAAUCAGACAGGUCAUCUUCCAGCUCACAAGAAAGUCUAAACCGUCCUUUCUCUUCAAAAUGGUCUACUGCCAGUUCUUCAAGUAUGACUAACAGAGUUUCAAGUGGUAGCAAAGCUGCUCUGACCCUAGGAACACUGCAGAGGUCUUGCAGUGAUAUUGAUGUUAAUGCUGCCGCUGGGGCAAAGGCACGUCAUGCUAUUGGUCAGCCAUCAGGAACUGGUCGCUUAGCAACUGCUGGUCUACCUCCAGGAUCAUAUGCUUCACUAGAGGAUACUUCUGAUAAGAUGGAUGGGCGUGUGCGAACCAAGCUUUCAACAUCCUGUAUUGGAGUAGGAAAUUCAAAGACAGAUUCCAGGGGCCGGAGUCGAACAAAAGUUGUAUCUCAGUCUCAACGUUCAUCAUCGCCAGACAAAAAUGAAGCUGGAAGCCGUUCUGGUUCUCCUGGAAGAGUUUUGACUACAACUACACUUUCAACUAUGAAUACAGGUGUUCAGAGAGUAGUAGUCAACCCUGCAACAGCACAAAAACGGAGCAAGAUUCCUCGAAGCCAAGGAUGCAGCAGAGAAGCCAGUCCUUCAAGAUUGUCUGUUG